GUACACAUGUAAACAAACGAAGGGAACCGUUCUCUUAGUUUGAAUGAUUUUUUAAAUAUAUUUUUUAUUUUCAUUUUUACUAAACACUGUCGCAGAUGUUUCCGUACAACCGUGAAAUUAUCGAUGCCUUUUGUAGAUUAAUCAUUGUCGUUGAAUGAAUAAGUUAAAAGUACAAGAGUUAUUUCUUGCUUGUAACUGACAGGCAGAGGUUAGACUGGUUGAACUUGCUGAUUCUCAUAAUGGCAGAGCGCGGAAAUCUCCACCUGCAGAAAUCCACUAAGGAAAAACUUGACAAAUUCAACAAUUUGAGGGGUAAAGAAGUGCAGUCCAAUGAAUUCUGGGAUCUUGUGGUCAUUACUGCAGUUGAUGAGGACCAGAUGUCUGCAUAUGAAAUUCAGAUCACAGAGAAACUGGAGAGGAAAGAACUGCCUCUUGGCAUCAAUUAUCAUGUGUUUGCAGAUCCACCAGAAUGCAAGAUAGGUAACGGGGGAUCCACCUUACAUUCACUGCAGCGCCUUAAUGAUAAAUAUGGCAAGUCACUAUCAGGAUUUAAAAUCAUCCUCAUACAUGCAGGAGGAUUCAGUCAGCGUUUGCCCAAUGCCAGCGCCCUGGGCAAAAUAUUCACAGCUUUGCCCCUGGGAAACCCUUUAUAUCAAAUGCUUGAGCUCAAACUUGCAAUGUAUGUGGAUUUCCCAGCACACAUGAAGCCAGGUAUGCUGGUUACCUGUGCUGAUGACAUUGAACUCUACAGUGUUCCUGAUCAAGAGAACGUUGCAUUCGAUAAGACAGGUUUUACUGCCUUGGCCCACCCCUCCACUCUCUCCAUUGGAACCACACAUGGAGUUUUUGUUAUAGAACCAGCAGAGAAGCCUAGAAUCAGUGACAUGGAAUAUAGAAGUUGCUCUCAAUUUCUGCACAAACCAAGCAUUGAGAAGAUGCACAAAUGCAAUGCAGUAAGCAAAAGGGAAGGAGAGGAGUUUGUUUACACAGACAGCACUUACUAUGUUGAUUAUGGAACUGCUCAGACACUGCUGACCUUGUUAAGCGAAAUCAGCCCUCUAACAUGUGAAAUUGAUGCUUAUGGGGACUUCCUUCAAGCCUUGGGGCGAGGAGCUACUGUGGAUUACACCGAAAACACAUCCAACGUCACAAAGAAGGACAGCAGCCUCGUUGAGAUCCGCAGAAAGAUUUUCCAUCGUCUCAAGGGCACAGAUCUUAACGUGAUCCUUCUAAACAACUCCAAGUUUUAUCAUGUCGGCACCACAGAGGAAUACUUGUUCCACUUCACUGCUGACCCCUGUCUCAAAACGGAACUCGGCCUGCUCACUGCUGCCUUCAGUAUUUCUCACAUGGAUCCAUCUGAGAAUGCUAGAACUUGCGUAAUGCACAGCACCCUGCAUCCCAGUGUGACUGUAUCCCAGGGAAGUGUUGUGGAAUACUCCAGACUCGAAGCCAAGGUUAAAAUUGGUGCUAGAUCUAUUAUUAGUGGCUGCUGGAUUGGCACAGACCUCUCAGUGCCGAGUGACACUUUCAUGCACUCUCUCUGUGUAAACCUGGAUGAGAAAACCAGUUUUGUCACUGUGUUUUUGGGUAUUAAAGAUGAUCUAAAGAAAAAUGUGGACGACCCUGCUGAUUUUAGUGCACUUAGCUUGUUUAAAGUAAGUCUGGAGGACUGUGUUGGACUCUGGGGCUUAUGUCCAGAGAAGAUCAGGUUCUCUGGAGACAGAUCCAUGUGUACUUUGUGGAAUGCCUGCAUUUUCCCAGUGUGUUCAGAUCUAAAGGGCUCAUUCAUGAUGUCACUGGAAAUGGUGAAGGCGCUAGAUGGUGAAACCAAAUUCUCUCUACCCAAAACUAUCACACUCACUUCUCUCCAGGAAACUCUGCAAAACAAGAACCUGGAGGAAAUGCUGAGGUUUAGGAAAGACCUUUAUGAAGACAUUUUUAUGGAGAAAGGAAGUAAUUCUGUCUGAAUUUGUGUAAAGUACCAGUAAUGCCAUUGCCUUUAGCUAUGAAAACCCUACAUUGCCCAUAACAUCAUAUUUUAUAUGCUUAUAGCUUUUAUUUUAUAGCUACAGCCAAUGGAUAUAGAGUGCUCUUUGGAUUUUAUGUGGAACCUGGUUUUAAUUGUCGACCAAUGGUAUUGUGAAAUAAUAAGUCAAUUCACUGUUUUCUUCAGAAUAAAUGUACUUGUAUUCAAAGUAAUUCAAUAUUCAUGCAUUAAAUUUGUGUUGGAUUAUUUAAGUUUUGGUUUUGUAUAGAGCUAGAAUUUUGUAAAUUAGAAUUUUAAACAUGUGGCAUUUAACUAAAUUUAAUUUUCCAUUGCAUAUUUUAUAGUUUUCAAUUUGAAUUUCGUACAUUUGAACUACAGACAUGUGGCUUUUAACAAAAUGGAAUUGUUUUUUUGUGGCUUAUUUUAUAGAUUUGUAUUUUUAAACAGCAGAUUUUGUGUUUUUAAAGGUGAAAUUAGCUGUAAAUAUUCAGAUUAUAAAAUUACAACUGAAGAAGAAAUUCAGUAUUUUAAAAUUCAGUAUUCUAAAAUUCUAUUUAUAUUCAAUGUUCUAAAAUUAAAAAUGCAGAAAUUCAGAUCUUACAGAAAGAAGGCCAGAGGUCAAGCAUCCGGGUUCCACAGGGAAAAGUAGAGGGUUUCAGAGAAGUGGAAUGGAGCAUUCUGGCCAAUCACAGAACUACAAUGGCAAUUCCAGCAUUUGCAGUGAAAAUCUAAAAUUGAACAUAUCAAAGUAUCCAUGACAAUAAGCAGUGUAUAAUUUGUUUGUUCAUUUCAUAAUCAAUUAGGAAUUAAAAAUCAGAAAAACAAAAAUCGACUUAUUUCAUUAUUUGUUUACAAAUAUUAAAAAACAAAUAAUGACUUGUUUUUUGUCAUUUAUUCCGUGACACUGUGCCUUUUUGAUUUCACUAAUAUAGGGCUUGGAUAGUUGAUUCGCACAUAUAGGUGGACCUGAAACGCCCCUUUCUCCUGAUUGGUCAACCUGCACCGUCGUCUUCCUCAGUGCAGUGGGACAGAAAAAAAGUUAUCUGCUGUUUAAUUGUUCAAAUGAAUUAGUCUCAUUUAAUAUUAAAUUCUUUACCAAUUAUUCUCCAAAACUUGCCACGUUUAUUACAGCUGAGCUAUCUCAUCAAAUAGUCAGACAUAUAGCCUACAUACAAGGGCGUGUGACUUAUUAAUAUAUACCGUAAUAUAUUAAUACUGCACUGUAAGUAUUGAGUCUGUGCCAGACUUCCGAGAUAGAUGAGCAUUCAUGCCAGUGAAUUAUUACAGCUACAACAGUAAAUAACAAAUUAUAAAUAAUAAUCAGAAUAAUACAAAUAAUAACAAAUAAAUUGGAAGAUAUUAUUACACUUAAUAUGUAUAAUAAGACAAUAAAUAUUUACAUGGACUAAUUUCAAGCUCAGAUCAUUGCGAUAUCCAUGUCUUUGUGAGAGUGAGAAUAUGGAUGGCCUUUGUAUACUGGUCGUAUAUGCGGCCGUUGUGUGUGCCUGUUAUUAUAGGACAAACGUGAGGGCUAUGUAUAAAUGCUGAUUUUAAAUUCACUGGUCGAGCUUUUGAGAGACGAGCAAGCAUGAACUUCAUUUAGCAUAAUUUCCAUUAUGAGCAAGUCCCUCACAAUAAAAAAUAAAUAUAUAUAUUAUUUCUAAAUAGUUUUUCUAAACACUCUUGCCACUGAUACUCUGCUAUUGGUUGCAAAAACGAAUACAUCCACAGCUAAACAGAGUAUUACAGGUACUCCCGCUCCAAAGGCACGGAAUUGAUUGUGCCAGAAAUUUACGUCACCACUGAUCUAUAUGUCACUCAAACUAAUGGAGCAAAGUUUUGAGCCAGUGUUAACAUUCUUCGGGGGAAAUCAACCUACAAAUGUUUUACUUUAGGCUAUAAUUGUCUCUGCAAUAAGAGACGUUGUUUUAACAUCGGGGGGAAAAAAUAAAUCACACGAGGAUGUUGGUUCACAUUAUAAAAACAUGUAUGUAAAUGCAUUACAGGUCUGAACUGGCUCGAUACACGUAAUACUUAUAUUUGAAUUCACCCUUAAACUGGAGAGAGUUUGUUUUCGGAGAUCAGCCUAAUCAAAAUCAGCCGAGGACGUCAGUGAAUUAUUUGAGGGCAUGCUUUCUAUGGAGGACAAAACCUGCAAAAAUAAUAAAUAAAUAAAUAAAUGUAAUAAUAAGAAAACAAAUAAAGGAAUAAAUGUCUUGAUAAAACAAAUAUAAUUUGUUUUUAAUUGAAAGUUAUUCCUGAAUUUAUUUUUGAAUGAAUUUUUUCUUUAUUUAUUAUUUUCGCUUUUUAUUUGUAUUCUUUAAAACUUUUUUAUUAUUAUUAUUAUUAUUUAUUUAUACAUUCAUUUAAUUUUAUAUUUAUUUAUUCCCACAUGUAUUUAUUUCUAUAUUUAAAUAUUCCCACAUUUAUUUAUUUUUGUAUUUAUUCUUACAUUUCUGUCUCUUGUAUGAUAAUUAUGUGGGUGGGUCCUGCUUACCAUUGGCUUAUUGUUGAAGCAUGUGCUGGAUUACUCUUGACUUGUUUUGAUGUGACAUUAGGUCAUAGCCAUAUCGUGUAAACUAUAGCUAUUUGUGGGGCUAAAAACAUAAGAGUGGUCAAUCCAAGAUUUAUUGGUUAUACUACAAUCACAAAAUAAAUGGGGAGCUGUUUCUUCAACAAAACCACAAAAUUAGCACGUUUAAUAAAUUAUAUGAUUUAACCAUAUGCUUUUAUUUUUUUCAUAUUUUGAUGUCCGCAAAUCCAUACUAUUGAUUUCUGUUGUUAUGAUUGUUCAUUGUAAAAGAUACAACCAUGCUUAA